AUGAGCCCAACACGCAUCCAGCCGCCCUUACGGGUCGCCGUCCUGCUCAACUCGUACCGCUCGCCCUUCAUCGCCGAGAUCCGAGACUCGUACGUGCGCUCCACGGGCGCGGUCGCCAGCGACGACGCCGAGCUCACCUUCUUCCUCCCGGCCGAGAAGCCGGACGACUUCCCGGACCCGGACGCGUUCGACCUGAUCGUGGUCGGCGGCGGGAACGCCGACCCGCGCAAGAAGCACCCCUGGAUCCUGCGCGUCCACAAGUUCAUCCUCGACGUGGUUGCCAACUACCCGCGGACGAAGCUCUGCGGGAUAUGCUGGGGUCACCAGACCAUCUCGAUGUUGUUUGGGGCCGAGCUGGUGGAUAUGGAGACGCCCGAGUUGGGCGUAACCGACGCAGAACUGACGCCUGCGGGCAGCCGUUUUUUUGGGAGGGAGAACGGCAACGGCAUCGUCCGGCUGCAGCAGCACCACCGCCGGGGUGUCGGCACGCCUCCGAGGGGUUUCCACGAGCUGCUUGUUGGCAACCAGGCCUUUUUGAGUCACGACCGCACGAUUCUGACGAUGCAGGGCCAUCCCGAGAAAGAUGCCCAGUGCGCCAAACUGCGAGUCCGGGACGCCACUCGGUGGUUUGGCCUAAACGAAGACGACAAGGUCGCUCUUUUGCGUAUUGAGAAAGCCAUGGACAGAGAAGACGACGGGCCAGAGGUUUGGGCGAGAAUUUUUGAGUGGGCACGGGAGGAGCAUCCGGGCUACGGAGUGCACUUAUGA